AUGUCUGUUUCACUUCAUCACAAGGAUUUACAGUGUACGUUUGCAGGAGUUGAACUCGGUUCUCUGGUUCACUUUCGAGGGAUUCCAUACGGCACAAUCCCACACAGAUUCGGCCUACCGUCUGCGCCAACAAACCUGUCGGACACGAUCAACUGUACUCAAUAUGGCCCUCGAUGCCCACAGGUCCCUGUCGAUGUUGGUCAUUUACUCCGUAUCCCUUCUGAUGCCAAGCUCCCGAUAGAACCUGAAGAUGAGUUCAACUGUCUCAACCUGGACAUCGUAGCGCCUAAGGAUCUUGCAUCACCACGGCAUAGACUUCCCGUCAUAGUGUGGAUUCAUGGCAUAGCUGACAUUCGUUCUCAAGGGGGAUCUCAAGCCGUCACUUUCGGAAGCGCUGCAUCGGGGCUCUGUGACUUUUCUGCAAUUAUCGAGGAUUCCUUGAAGCUAGGCAACCCGAUUUUGGCCGUGUUUGUUCAAUACCGACUCAACAUCUUCGGGUUUGGCGAUGAGACGAGCGAAGGGAAUCUGGGCUUACGCGAUCAAGCCCUGGCGCUCGAUUGGGUGCGGCGUAACAUCUCAGGCUUUGGUGGUGACCCUGACGCGAUAACUCUAGCAGGUGAAAGUGCCGGAGCUGUGUACACUCACGCUCAUCUUGUUUCUCAUGCACCUGCGAAGCAAUUUGUGCUGUCGUCAGGCUCAAUGUAUCUGUCGCCUCCCCAACCAGUGGAGAAAGCUCAAUUUGUUCGUCAAACAUUGGGCCGGCAUCUUAGUACCCUUGGAGACUUUGACUUGCGGACCGCUCCUGUCGAGGUUAUUAUUGAGGCUAUCAAGGUGUCAGGGAUCCAGUCCUGGUUUCUGGUAGCCGAUAAUGUGCUUCAAGACUGGCAACAAAACACAGGUAGCUCAGAGAGACUUCUUCUCAGUGAUGUCCGAAAUGAGUCCAUCAUCUGGAGAGAAGGUAUCUGGACAACGAGCAUCGACCGCAUCGACAAUGCGUUUAAUUUGGCCGGGGAAUAUAGCAGCGAGCUGAAGAGUCUUUACAAUAUCCGCGCUGAUAGGCCAUCCUCGUGCAGGAUCGGGGCCUUGGAUUUCAUCAACGACUACAAAUUCGUUCUCCCGGUGGAAAACAUGACGAAGCAAUGGCGUCAAGCACAGAAGCCCGUCUUUCGAUGCCUCUUGGACGAGGAAAACCCUUGGCAGCCGUCAAAUGGAGCUCAUCAUGGGAUAGACCUGGUGUUUCUGUUCGGAGGAUUUGAUUCGGGUCUGUCGGACGGAGCAAGGCGGACAGGGGAAAACAUGCGCAAAGCAUGGAUCGACUUCGUCUCCCAACGGGACCCUUGGCCGUCAGACUCAUAUGCAGCUUUCGGGCCCUUCGGCAUGUACUAUUCUCUUGAAGAAAAGGACCUAGGCUCGCGUAGAAGGAUGCGCCAAGUGGCUUCUCUAAGCCAGCAGGACACGACUGGGUUGGACAGAGUUUUUGCCGCGUUGGCCACAGGCAAUAUCAGCCUCCUCAAUUAG